AACAUCCCUGGUCAUCCAUACUGCCUCUGAUCUGGCGGACUCACUAAACACAAGUGCUUCGUUUGUAAAUUAUGUCUGGGUGUUGGAGUGUGCCACUGGCUAGCCAUAAAUUGAAAUAACAAAUACAUCGUGACGUCUGGUUUGCCUAAUAUAAGAAAUGUUGGAUGAUUUAUACUUUUACUUUUGAUACUGAAGUAACGUUAUAUUUCAGCAAUGACAUUUAAAACCAAAUACUUUUGAACUUUUACUCAACUAGUAUUUUACUGUGUGACUUUCGUUUUUACGUGAUUCAUAUUCUAUUAAGGUACAGUAUCUUUACUUUUACUCGUAUGAAGAUUGGGUACUUUUUUUUUAUCUAGUGGAAACCGAGGGAAAGAGAUCCAGGGCAUAAAUGAAUGGAACUCAUGUUAGAUGUACAACAUAGCCAACAGGGGGAGACAAAGUGCGAGUUUACAUGUAAAACCUGAAUCCAUCCAUCCUUUGAUCAAAAAUAAUAAUCGGUGGCAUGUAGCUAGGGUUGACGCUUAAAGUUAGCUAGCUAUGUGGUCAUGGAUACGGUGCCCAUGUUAUGAGAAACAACAGUGAAGCACAGCAAACUAACGUUAGCUAGCCAUACUGCGAGUUCGUUUAAUGGUAUCUAUUGGUAAGUACUGUUAGAUACAUAUUUGUUGUUGGGAUGAUAACAGUCAUGUGUAGCGCUAGUUAGCUAACUAUGAAUCCCAGUUAGCUAUAGUAGCUAGCAAAUAGUUAGCUAGCAAGCUAGCAUUGUUGGUUAACAGUAGCGCGCUGACGCAUGACACGCACACAUGCACGGAAUACAUGAUAAUGACAAAAACACUUGGAUGGAAUUGUAGCUAGCUAAUUUGUCCAAAGCAGUUCUAACUAUAGUAGUAAACUAGCUAGCCAACUUUGUUGUUUAAAUUAUGAAAAUAAUAUACAAAAAAGGUAGGAGUUUUUAAAUGAUAUAUUCAUUACCAUAAGAGUGCUGUGAUGACCAGAACAAAGCGGACAGCAGAGCUGGACAAGCAUCCAGAUCCAGCUGCUGCUGCUAAGCUCACAGAGAAGAGUGAGUUAGCUCCAGCCCUAACAUCAGCUACCCCUAUACCACAACCACGGUACCCAGCCUCCAUCCCUAACCAAACUCCCUUCCCUCCUGUAGGCCCCGCUGACAGCAGCAAGGGGGGCACAGGGAUCAUGUCCCCCAAAAGUCAGGGGAGGGCAGGCACAGCAUCCCCCUACAAUCUGGCUCCGGCUCCCUUCGGCCUCAACCAGAACCACGUGGUGUGUCUGCCUCUGGUCUCCGAGCACCUGAAGCUCCUGUGGGCGUGCUCAGACCAGACCCAGGAACUGGACGGCGUGACUUAUCUCAUAGAGGCCUUCAACGUGUUCCCAUACCCGACCCUGGGGGAGACGGCAUCGCUCGCCCAGAGCUGCUCUCUGCAUCUGGACCAGGUCAGAGUGUGGUUCAUGGUCCAGCGGCUCCGCUAUGGGAUCAGCUGGGAUGCAGAAGAGAUCUGUAUGGCACGGUGCAAGAUGUGCGGACCAAACCAGGCGAAGGACAAAAAAGAGAAAGAGGAGAAGGUAUUGCCUCCCCUCAGUAAGGAGGAUGAUGGGAGAAACAGGAUCGAACAUUCACCUGUCUCCACCUCCAAUCAGCUUAGCAGCCUGUCCUUCGAGUCCUCCUCACCCGUUCCUCGAAAAAGCCGUAAACACCACCUUGUUGUUGCACCCAAUAACUCCAAUCUGCAACACCCUUCUCCUCCACUCCCUCUGUGCUUAGUGGCGCCCCCCACAACCACAGGGCAAACCCUCGAAGCCCCCGACAAACCCCAGAGCCACUGUCAGGAUUUUCACUCAGAGCUGUGGCGGAGCUUCAGCCGUAACACAAAUCCUCCGAAGGAGGAGCUCCAGCGUCUGCAGGCCCUCACCAGGCUCCACAUGAAGUACAUCCGCAAGUGGUUCUGCAACCGGCGUUUCUUGCUCCACCACCGCGUCAAGGCCGACCCAGGGUCUGAAGAGAACGGCCAGUCACAGCCCAACGACCUCCUGUCGUCACAGACACAGCUUAUUCAGCGUCUGACACAACCACCACCGCCAACUGACAGCAGGGUCAGACCAUCACCAGCGAAGAAAAGGGUCUGUCAAGUAGAUGAUGUCGACUUCCUAAGCAGGAGCCGCAAUGGUAACCCUGACCAUGGCAACCCAGCUAACAACACCCACCAGAUUAGGUCAAACUUGAAGGUGAAGGAAAAAGAGAAAGAACCAGCGGACGUACAGAAGAAGAAGACGGGAGCAGCAGACAAAGAGAAAACGGCCAGAGCUGGAGCUAAGAGAUGGACAAAGAACGUCAAGAAGGAACUGAAGGAGGAGCGGAAAGCGGUGGGGAUCACCAAAUUCAUCGAUGACGACGGAGAAGAACAAGUUCUCAAAAUGGGCCCGUGGCCGAAGAACAAGACAAUAGCCCAGCUGGAGCUCCUGAGACACUUCUUCCUCACCUGCCAGUGGCCCACCAAAGGGGACUACACGCAGCUGCAGCAGCAGACAGGCCUCUCGCGGAAGGCUCUCACCCAGUGGUUCGGAGACACCCGCUACUACGUUAAGAAGGGCAUGGAACGCUGGAUGAGUGGGGAAGAGCACCAGAAGGUCCUGGCGCAGAUUAGGGGGAAGCAGAUGCAACAGCAGAGGGACUGGUUGAUGACUGAGGAAACCGGUCCAUCAGGGUCCUCCUCCGGGUCUUUUGCGUACCGUGACUCAUAGUGCUAAUGGGGAGGCUGGCAGGGAGGAGGAUGGAGCUGGGACUUUGAGACCUAUGAAUGGCGUGAAGCUGGAGUGACCGCUGGGACAGACUUGGGGUACUCAACAGUAUAAAAGGGCUUCUUCUCCUUUGUGCUCUCUCCUCUAGGAGCACUGAUCCAGCAUGGCCUAACAGGUGAAAUUUUAUUUGUUGAAACUUGAAAUCUGAAACUCACCUGUCUGCAGUGAUGGAAAAGGAAGCUGAGUUUGAGUCACACCCCUGCUGUAAUGCUGGAGAGGCCUGGAGGGUGCUGAAAAGGGCUACAUAUUAGGAAUUGUCACAAAUGAGGCAGCAUUCUGUUUUUAUGUUACAAGUUGUUAUGUUUAUGAUGUUCUAGUCUACUUUAGUUGUAGCACUAUUGAAACUGGCACUUCCUGUUCAGUUAUUCAUUCAAAUGGCAAUUCAUGUUUCAAGCUCCAUCACAAUUUUAUGCUGGGAAGUUUCUAUGACAUUGCAUUGAUGUUCCUUGUUUGAUAUGUUCAGAGUGUAAAGAAUUAGGGAAACUACCAGACCUGCGACAACCUAUGUCCUUGAGUGCGUCCCAAUAAUCUCUCCUUCCUCCUGAAGUGUGCACUUGCGCAUUCAUUUCUCCCCAUAAAGUUAAAAUCAUUGGAUUGAUGUAGACAUGGGCUAGGGGGGAGUCCAUUAAGGGAAGUGAACAAGUGCACACUUUAUGAGAAGAGAGAUUAUUGGGACAUAGCAUAAGGUGUGGCCUUAUUGGUAGUAAGAAAGUAGAUCAUUUAUUUUGAUUUCACUAACUCCGCUGUAGCCUGCAGUAUCAAAAUCUCAGAGCUGGUAUGUUGAGUCGUAUCUGGUUCUUUGUGUGGUGAACAGGUUGCUUCCCUUUUGUGAAUAAAAAUAACUGUUCUCCUUGUUCUGCAA